GACUUGAAAUCUUAAAUCUGGUUCCAGUAUUCGGUGAUGGUGUUGUGUCAUGCAGUGCGAGUUAUAAUAUUGCGCUCCUAAUUAAAUUAAUUAUAGUAAACUUGCUACUUUAUAUCACCGGUCUCUCAUCAAUACACUUAUUAAUAAGCAGUUUAUUGCAUCUGUGUCUGAGAAAUGAGUGAACAAAAGGAAGAAAAGAAACAAAUUCGCGUAUGGUGUGAUGGGUGUUACGAUAUGGUGCAUUUCGGACAUGCUAAUUCCUUGCGGCAAGCAAAGGCGUUAGGCGGUGUUCUUAUUGUCGGCGUCCACACCGAUGAAGAGAUAUCGAAACAUAAGGGCCCGCCGGUGUUCACACAGGAGGAGCGGUAUAAAAUGGUCCGCGCCAUCAAAUGGGUAGAUCAAGUUGUCGAAGGUGCCCCCUAUGUGACUACACUAGAAACAUUAGACAAGUACCAAUGUGAUUUCUGUGUCCAUGGAGAUGAUAUUACUGUCACUGCUGAUGGCAUUGAUACAUAUCAUCUAGUAAAAAAGGCUGGCAGAUAUAAGGAAGUUCCAAGGACAGCCGGUGUGUCAACCACAGAUCUAGUAGGGCGGAUGCUGCUGCUUACAAGAGAACAUUUUAAGAGAGGUGACAAAGAGUAUUCAGUGGCAUUGGAACAUUCCUCCAAUCUGGGCACAGAUUCUACUGCGCGUUCACCUUACACUGGAUGUUCGCAGUUUUUGCCCACUACACAAAAAAUUAUACAGUUUAGUAGCGGACUAUCACCAAAACCCACUGAUAAGGUGGUGUAUGUAGCCGGUGCUUUUGAUCUCUUCCAUGUUGGACAUUUAGACUUCUUAGAAGAAGCGCAUAAACAAGGCGAUUUCCUUAUAGUCGGUCUUCACACUGAUCUUGAAGUGAACCGGUACAAAGGUUCCAACUACCCCAUAAUGAAUCUACAUGAAAGGGUGCUCUCGGUACUGGCUUGCAAGUACGUCCAUGAGGUGGUAAUUGGUGCUCCAUACAGUGUGACAGCUGAGCUGAUGGAUCACUUCCGUGUGAAAGUGGUCUGUCACGGGCUGACUACCAUAGCUCCUGAUGCCGAUGGAUCUGAUCCCUACAAAGUUCCAAAGCAACGGGGAUGCUUUAAGCUAUUAAAUUCAGGCAACACAAUGACUACUGAUGACAUUGUCCAGCGGAUAAUCCGGCACAGGUUGGAAUUUGAAGUGAGGAAUUCGCGAAAGGAAAAAAAAGAACUUGCCAUGAUGAAAGCGUUAGACCAGAAAGAAACCAAACAAAAUGGUGAUUGUGUUGUUACCAAGAAUGGUAGUUAAAACAUUUAUCAUGCUACAUAGUAUGCAUUUUUUAAGUACCAAAAACUUGUUAGUAAUUGCGUCUAGAUGUGUGUAGAAAUAAUGUUACAUUAAAAUUAUUAUGCAAUACAUUAUACAUAAACGGUUAAUGAUGUCUGGGUGGAAUAAGAAAGACCAAUUCAAAGUAAUAACCCCAAAUAAAGAGAGAAGAACUAUAGUAAGCUAUAUUCAAUCUAUUAAAUCUUACCAGUCGAUUAGUAGUAGUGGCAACAUAUAAUAUUUCAUAUUUACUUGAACUAGCGUUCUUAUUUGAUAACAUCUAAAUUACAUCUGUUGAUGUACUGUCGAUUGGUGAUGGCUCAAGGCAUACAGAUUGUGUUAGUACAAUAUGUAUAACAAUUCAAAUAUUAUAUGUAAAUUGUCUUCAUAUUAGAUAGCUGAUGGUAGAUAAUCAGUGCUUUUCUGUGCUUAUGAUAAAAAAGGCUUUGAGCAAACCUGUACAUAUAAUUUAUUUCGAAGAUCAUGCUUUGUCAUUUAGAAUCAUAUCCAGGCAGUUAAAGACAUAUUAUAUAGUUAAAUAUUGAUGAAAUACAUUUGUUACUGUGUGAUGGAAUAGGAUUUCCAUGUUUACCCGCCGCCUAUUGGUUAACUAUAUUAUUUUAUAUGUUCGCAAGCAUUGUACAUGGGUACGAUCAUGACUUGUGAAACAUUAGUAAAGCAACUAUAUCACCAAUAUCUUAGUUAAUUGCACAUAGCGAUACAGAUUUAUUUGAAAAAGUAGUAUAAGUUUAUAUUAGCCAAUUAUUGGACAUGGACUUAUGGUAUACUGUUUAAUCUAAAUGUAAUUUUAUUAUUUCGAUUUUGAAAGCCAUGCUUCUUCCUAGUUUGAGGAUGAGAACUGCUCAUAUAACGUUUAUGGAAAUUGAUUUCUAAAACGUUAUCUUAAAUCGUAAUAUAAAUCAGCAUUUAUUAAAAUAAAAAUGCAUAAUAAGUUGUUUCUUAUAACCAUACAUUAGAGAAUUUUUUUAAUUUGUGUAUUAUUUUUAACGCUUUU